UUUCAGAAUUUCAAAGUUUUCAUCCAACUACUUACCAUACAACUAACAAUCGUCAGUCAUCAUGGCUAAGACAGGAUCGAAAGGAUCAAAGAAGACCGGCAAAAGGUCGAGCGGAGCAUCAACAUCAAAGCAAAAGAAGGCGAAAAAAGUUAAAGAUCCGAAUGCACCAAAACGAGCAAAGUCAGCUUACAUGUUCUGGUUGUUGGAAAAUCGUUCACGUAUAGCGAAGCCUGGUAUGUCUGUCAUUGAUGUGAGCAAGGCAGCAGGUAUCGAAUGGGGUAAAGUAAAAGAUAAGAGCAAAUACGAGAAGAUGGCAAGCCAGGAUAAGCAACGAUAUGAAGCGGAAAAGAAAAAUACAAGAAGAAAUAAGAUUGAAGAAGAUCGAGGGCAACUAGUUUUUUUUUUUCUGCUUUUUCUUCUUCCAUUACACGUUGUUUUUAAGCUGUUAAUUUUAAUCUCGCAUAAUUUUGUUGUAGAACCUUUUUUCUGAAAUAUAUUUUUUGGUUUUCUCUCCAAAUAAUCUUGUUCCUUUUGCAUACACCAAAAUUUAUUACGAUAAAGAUUUCAUGUAGGA